GCGCGCACACAAGCAGCAUAUCACUGCGGAACAGAUAUUGUCAGACGCGUUAUUUGGAGUGGGAGUGAAGGCUAUGGACGAUUUAUCGACUGAUCCCCUCACGCACUGGAUGGUCUACUUUUUUCUGAUCCACGAGCUUUUAAUAAAGUCUACCUGAAAAUGAGACGCAUAGAAAACAAUCGGUGAUUUUCGUGUUUUUCAGGUUUUUUUGUGGGGGGGUUUCUUCAAAAGAAGAUUUAGACUUUAAAGGGAUUCUGCUUUUUUGUUUGUGUUUCACUUGGAUAUGGCACAUCUUUGGAUCCAGUAAGCGAAUUUUACAGCGUCAGACGCGUCUGCAGCGGGGGAGAGCAGUGGAGGGACACGGAAACUUGUGUGGUGCAGGAGACGGUCUCUGAAUCUGCGCUGCCACAGUUGUCACAGACAGAGAAGAGCCAUGGUUACUUCACUCCUACUGAUGCUCAGCUGGACUGUGAUCUCUGAGGUUGUGAGAGCUCAGAAUGACACGGAACCGAUCGUCCUGGAGGGCAAAUGUCUCGUGGUCUGCGACUCUAAUCCGGCAACGGACUGGAAGGCUUCAUCCUCUCCGCUCGGCAUCUCGGUGCGCGCCGCCAACUCCAAGGUGGCUUUCUCUGCAGUCCGGAGCAACAACCACGAACCGUCGGAAAUGAGCAACAAAACAAGAAUAAUCUACUUCGAUCAGGUUCUUGUGAAUAUAGGAAACUACUUCACAUUUGAAUCAGUAUUUCUGUCCCCGAGGAAAGGAGUCUACAGUUUUAACUUCCACGUGAUUAAAGUGUACCAGAGCCAAACCAUACAGGUGAACUUGAUGUUGAAUGGGAAACCAGUCAUCUCUGCCUUUGCGGGUGACAAAGAUGUAACUCGCGAGGCAGCCACUAAUGGAGUUCUGCUCUAUCUUGAAAAAGAGGACAAAGUCUACCUAAAGCUGGAGAAAGGAAACCUAGUUGGUGGAUGGCAAUACUCAACAUUUUCUGGCUUUCUUGUGUUUCCUCUGUAAAAAAGAAAAAAACAAAAGAAAAAAGAAAAAAAAAGAAAAGAAGAUUGUAAGCUUACUGACUUCUUCAUAAUGUGUUGUCACAGUAUAAUCAAAACAUUGCUGCUGCAUCAGUUGGAUCUUGCCAAAAUGUUGAAAAAUGAUAGAUGGAAAUGGAUCCCAACAUAGAGAGGAAAAUAAGACUUUGGAAAUGGUUCACGUUCGCUGGAAGUGCUGUGUCCCCGUCCAGAUGAAAGAAAGACUUGAAAUGUUCCCGAUCGCUACUGUAUGUUCCUGUCACUCAAGCAGCCUCAGAGAGGAACACUAAAACAUCUCAAAAGUACUUUUCAGACUUUCACUUGUCGGAAUAUGUUUAGCAUACUGAUGUUUUUUCCCAUGACAGCGGUUGCAUUCAAAGACAUCUGCCUUUUGAGAGUAAACCGUAUGCCUGUUA